AUGCAGGUGUGCGGUCCCGAUGGGGCGGUCACAUGGCAAGAAGGCCCAGCUGCGAGCUUCUGGGCCGACGACCGCAAGCUUGCUCUCGGCAAGUCCUUUCGCGGUGUCGCCUUCUCGAAAAUGGCCUCGCCAGCGGCCUUCGGCCGCUUCGUGCAGGACGGUUUCCAGCUCAGCAGCACCCGGCACCAGGGCGUGCUGCGAGAUGGAUCCGCCCGGUGGAGCUACGAGGUGGGCUGGGGCGGUCGGCUGGGAGACAAGCAGUAUUCGACCGCUGGCUGGCUCACCGCCUUCCCCGUCUUUGAGCCCAUGUAUCAGGUGGUGAUGGCGCACGGCCUCGCCUCGGGAUGGGUCGAGUGGCGCGGAGAGCGGCGCGAGUUUAGGGACGCGCCCUGCUACACCGAGAAGAACUGGGGCGGCGCCUUCCCGUGGCGCUGGUGGUGGGUGCAGUGCAACGCCUUUGAGGCGCGCGGCCUCACGCUGACCUGCGCGUGCGGCGAGCGGUCCAACCCGCUGCUCGAGCCGCUGCUGCCGGGCCGCACCGAGGACGCCUGCAUGGUGGCGCUGCACGACGAGUCCGGCAAGUUCUACCCCUUCCCUAACUGCGAGUGGGACGUGGAGUGGGGUCGCUGGACGGUGCGGGGCGCGCUCGACGACCUGCGCGUGCGGAGCGGCGUCUGA